GAGCGUUUUAUUUUGAAGGUCUCUGACUCCUCCCACUACUUCCGUAUUUGCGUGCGCCCUGCGUGUCGGUUUCUUGCUCUUAAUACAGACUCUUAAGUGUAUUGUUGCUUCUGUUUUGGGAACAAUAAUCAUGUCUUUGGAGGUGGAAUCCGCAGACGUGAUCCGUCUGAUUAUGCAGUACCUAAAGGAGAAUAACCUGCACCGGACUCUAGUCACCCUGCAGGAGGAGACCACCGUGUCUCUGAACACUGUGGACAGUAUAGAGAGCUUCGUGGCAGACAUAAACAGCGGCCACUGGGACACAGUCCUGCAAGCCAUCCAGUCCCUCAAGCUGCCAGAUAAGACCCUGAUCGACCUUUAUGAACAGGUGGUGUUGGAGCUGAUUGAGUUGAGAGAGCUGGGCGCUGCCCGUUCACUCCUCAGGCAGACCGACCCCAUGAUCAUGCUGAAACAGACCCAGCCAGAGAGGUACAUCCACCUGGAGAACCUGCUGGCUCGCUCUUACUUCGAUCCCAGAGAGGCAUACCCAGACGGCAGCAGUAAGGAGAAGCGCCGGGCGGCCAUCGCCCAGGCCCUAGCAGGGGAGGUCAGCGUGGUGCCACCCUCUCGUCUCAUGGCUCUUCUGGGACAGUCUCUGAAGUGGCAGCAGCAUCAGGGUCUUCUGCCUCCUGGUAUGACCAUCGAUUUGUUUAGGGGUAAAGCAGCUGUUAAAGAUGUGGAGGAGGAGCGUUUCCCCACCCAGCUCAGCAGACACAUCAAGUUUGGACAGAAGUCUCAUGUGGAGUGUUCCCGAUUCUCCCCUGAUGGUCAGUACCUGGUAACUGGCUCUGUGGACGGUUUCAUCGAGGUCUGGAACUUCACCACAGGCAAAAUCAGAAAGGAUCUUAAGUACCAGGCUCAGGAUAACUUCAUGAUGAUGGACGAUGCAGUGUUGUGUAUGUGCUUCAGUCGAGACACAGAGAUGUUGGCCACAGGAGCUCAGGAUGGGAAGAUCAAGGUGUGGAAGAUCCAGAGCGGUCAGUGUCUGAGGAGGUUUGAACGCGCCCACAGUAAAGGAGUAACAUGUGUCAGUUUCUGCAAAGACAGCAGCCAGCUCCUCAGUGCCUCCUUUGACCAGACAAUCAGAAUCCAUGGACUGAAAUCAGGUAAAACCCUUAAAGAAUUCCGCGGUCACUCUUCGUUUGUGAAUGAGGCCACCUUUACUCCAGACGGUCACCACAUCAUCAGUGCCUCCUCGGACGGUACCGUCAAGGUGUGGAACAUGAAGACCACAGAGUGCAGCAGCACCUUCAAACCUUUGGGCUCAUCAGCUGGCACCGACAUCACAGUCAACAACGUCAUCCUGCUGCCUAAGAACCCGGAGCACUUUGUAGUGUGUAACCGCUCCAACACGGUGGUCAUCAUGAAUAUGCAGGGACAGAUCGUGAGGAGUUUCAGCUCUGGUAAGAGGGAAGGCGGUGACUUUGUGUGCUGCACUCUGUCGCCCCGUGGCGAGUGGAUCUAUUGCGUGGGUGAAGACUUUGUGCUCUACUGCUUCAGUACAGUCACUGGCAAGCUGGAGAGAACGCUGACGGUCCAUGAGAAGGAUGUGAUUGGCAUCGCCCACCACCCCCAUCAGAACCUGAUCGGCACCUACAGUGAGGAUGGUCUGCUGAAACUCUGGAAGCCUUGAGGUGUUGAACCUGAACUGAGAUUGGACGUUCUCACACAGCAGCUGCUCUCCUCACUCUGGACACUGUUUUGUUAUAUUUCCUUUUCUGUCACUGGGGGAAUCCUUUCAGGUCACUGUGAACAUGCUGAUGAUCUCAAUACCACACCAUACGAUUUACUCAUUCAGCCGCAUCUUUCAAAUGUCAAACUGUGUAAACCAUUGACGCCACAUAGCUGAAAAUUGGAAACUACUAGCAGUUUGGGGUUUGGAGUGUUUGCACAGAAGAGCCUUAAUUUGUUUUUUGGGGGGUUUUUUUUGGUUUUUUGAAGUUUGUCCACCAAAGAAAUGAUUUAAAGUGUGUUUUACACAGCCAUAUCAUUUUCUUUAUGAUUUUGUUAGAAUUUGUGUCAUGUUAAGUGGUCGGUGUGAUUUUGGAAAGAAACUCUUUAAAUUGAAAACCAGACAGAGUUAUUUCAAAUUCAUUAACUGUCCAUUUUGCACAUCAAGAAGGGUACCUCCAUGGUCGUCCCGAUUUUCUGAAGAAAGAGGUGGAAAAUGCAGUUAAUUCUAAAUCCAUUAUAUUGAAGUCACAGUUUAAUAAGGUUCUUUUGUUCAACACCUGAGCUCUGCAGACAUUCAGUAACUAACAGAGUGAGAGAAGGGGAGUUGUCAGAAUUUGGGGGGAGGAGUGUAGAUACUAGACUCUGAUCUUGUUUUGAAAAUUACACUUUUUUUGUAAAUAUAUUUUUUAUUUGCAUUUUUCUUUUCCAAGAAGACCUGGUUGAAUAGUGUGUUUGUUUUUUUUCUUCUUUUUAAAUUCCAGCAAGACUUGAGCAGCAUCUUAUGGCAUACUAUUUUAUAUACAUGGAUUUGUUUCCUCAAACUAUUCAGAUCUGUCAACCAAGGGAACCAAAUAAUACAUUAGGUCUGAUUAUGACUGACUGAUUAUGUCUCAGUCAGAAAUGUUUUCCUACAUUGAGCUCAUAUGUUUUGAACUUUUCGGAUGUAUACAUUUCAAAUUAAUGUAGGUCUGUCUGUGCCAUUAAAGCUGUUUAACCAGAAUA